AUGCUGAAAAUGUAUGCUUCUAAAGUGACGGCGGACAACCACGUCGCAUAUGUCGUAGACGGCCGGAACAACGGCAAAAAGCAGCUGGCCGUGAAAAUCAUCAAGCAUUCUUUCAAGAUCAUUCACCUACUCACUGGCGAAAAUUCGCUACAGAGGGUGGUGAAUGCCAUCAUCAACAGCGGGCCGCGGGGGGACUCUACGCUCAUAGGGCGUGCGGGCACGCUGCGCCGUCAGGCGGUGGACGUAUUCCUGCUGCGUUGGGUGAACCAGGCUAUAUGGCCGCUGUGCACGGGCGCAGUGGAGAGCGCCUUCCGUAACAUCAAGAUCCUUGCAGAGUGCCUGGUGGACCAGCUCAUCAAUGCCGCCAAGAGCUCUUCCAAGAGCUACGCCAUCAAAAAGGACGAACUGGAGCGUGUCACCAAGUCCAACCGUUAA